UCCACGGCGUGGAAAUCGUGCAGGCUGACGGCGCGAAAUCAAGGAUCCUGGCGGACGCCGUCAUUCUCACCACUGGCGGAUUUUCAAACGACAAGACCUCCGAUUCCCUCCUCCGCGAGUUUGCGCCGCAUCUGUCUGGCUUCCCCACAACCAACGGAACGUGGGCCACGGGUGACGGUGUCAAGCUGGCACGGCGCCUUGGUGCGACGCUUGUGGACAUGGACAAGGUGCAGCUUCACCCGACAGGCCUCAUCGACCCGAAGGACCCUGCCAGUGCAACCAAGUACCUCGGCCCGGAGGCGCUGCGCGGGUCGGGCGGUGUGCUGCUAAACAAGAGGGGCGAGCGGUUUGUCAAUGAGCUCGAUCUCCGCUCCGUGGUCUCCAAGGCGAUCAUGGAUCAGGGUGACGAAUAUCCGGGCUCCAACGGCAGCACCUUUGCCUUCUGCGUGCUCAACGAUGCGGCGGUAAAGCUUUUUGGCGUCAAUGCGUUGAACUUCUACGCAAAAACGUUGGGGUUGUUCAAGCGUGUGGAAGAUGUGGAAGGGCUGGCGCAGCUCAUUGGUUGUGAGCUGUCAACCCUGCGGAGCACGCUGGAGGCAUACGAGGAGCUCUCAAAGACCUCUCGCCAAUGCCCAAAGACCCGCAAGAGCGUCUACCCGUGCGUGGUGGGCCCGCAGGGACCCUUCUACGUCGCCUUUGUGACGCCGUCGGUUCACUACACGAUGGGCGGCUGCCUCAUCUCGCCCGCGGCCGAGAUUCAGAUGGAAGGAAGCGAUUCUUCCUUCUUUGGUCACCGUCGCCCCAUUCUCGGCCUGUUUGGCGCGGGUGAGGUGACGGGUGGGGUGCACGGCAGGAACCGACUCGGUGGUAACUCGCUGCUGGAAUGCGUCGUCUUUGGCCGCAUUGCGGGAGAUCGCGCGGCGACGAUUCUGCAGAAGAAACCAUCGCCGUUGUCUUUUACGACAUGGGCAAGUGUGAUUUUGCGGGAGGUGCGGGAGGGAGGAAUGUACGGCACCGGCUCGCGUGUCCUGCGGUUUAACCUCCCCGGCGCCCUGCAGCGGUCGGGGCUGCGCCUCGGCGAGUUCAUUGCCAUCCGCGGCGAGUGGGACGGGCAGAAGCUGAUUGGCUACUACAGCCCCAUCACACUGCCCGACGACCUCGGUGUGAUUGGUAUUCUGGCGCGGAGUGACAAGGGGACGCUGCGGGAGUGGAUUUCCGCCCUCCAGCCCGGCGACGCCGUGGAGAUGAAGGGCUGCGGCGGGCUGGUGAUUGAGCGCCGCUUCAGUGAGCAGCACCUCUACUUUGGUGGUCACCGGCUCAAAAAGCUUUGCCUCAUUGCCGGCGGCACUGGGGUGGCUCCCAUGCUGCAGAUCAUUCGCGCCGCGCUCAAGAAGCCGUUCAUCGACACCAUCGAGAGCGUCCGCCUCAUCUACGCUGCAGAGGACGUCUCGGAGCUCACUUACCGCGAAUUGCUCGAGAAGCACCAGAAGAGCUCGAAUGGCAAGUUCCGCACCACGUUUGUUCUGAAUCGACCUCCGCCAAUGUGGACUGACGGCGUCGGGUUUGUUGACAAAAGUGUUCUGAGUUCCUACGUGCAGCAGCCGGCCGAAGACCUGCUGGUGGUGAUAUGCGGCCCGCCGGUGAUGCAGCGCAUCGUCAAGGGGUGCCUGAAGGGGCUUGGCUACAACAUGGCGCUGGUGCGCACCGUGGAUGAGGCAGAUUCCAAGGCACCGUCAAAGAUGUAA